AUGCUCCUCCGGCCCGCGGUCCCAAGGUCGCAACACGAUACGCGCACGUCGCGGACUCUGCCACGCCUUCCCCGGGGCAUUCCACCGCUCGUACCCGGCGGGUCGCCCGCGGUCCAAGUCCCUAGCCUCAGGGCGGACAGGGCAGAUGGCGGAGUCAAGAUACGACCCGAUGGUCGAGAUUCCCCGGUGCAAAGCGGCAGGAGGAAGAGCGCGGCGCCAUUCGAGGGAGCAAAGGACUGGGCUAAGGAUAAAAUCGAUAAAUUCUCCACCAUACUCCCGAUAGGCUCGGACAAGCCGCCUCGGCGUAACAUAAACAGCAGCGGAAGUGGCACCAUACCCAUUGACCGGAUCGACCGGCUCUCAAAGGACAGCCUUCCUGGCGCCUCGAAAGUGAGCCGCAGUUGGUCGUACGACGACCAGAGUGCUUCCGACUCAGAGGAGCGAGAUCGGCGCCGGAGACGGAGGCUCCGGGAGCGGGAACGUGAUCGUCGAGACCGCGAGAGGGAUGCAUACGAACGAGACCGGGACAGGCCGCCCCGCCGGAGCAGGGACGCGCCGCCAGAAUGGGACGACGUUGACCCGAGGGAGAAGCCGCGGAGCAGGAAGGAGAAGGAGGCGAGGUAUCUGCGCAGGCCGGAGAAUCCGCGAAGGACGAGCAGCCAUGCUGACGUGGACAGAUACAGGCAUGAGGCUUUUGACCUGCGGGAUCGGGAAAGGUAUGGUGCUGAGAGGGACAGGAGGCGGAGGGGAGGGAGCGGAUACGAGGACAGGGACAGGGACAGGGACAGGGACAGGGACAGGGACAGAGAUAGAGACAGAGAUAGAGACAGGGAAAGGGAGAGGGCACCUAGUCCGGAGAUCAAGGGCGUCAGUGGCCGGAGGUACCCUACCGAGCCGGCGUGGGGCCAGGAUGAAUGA